GAUGUCUGAAGUUUGGCAAUCUUGACGACACCCGUCUGAUUGCACAUUUUUUCACUCGGUUCAUUGCAAAAUAAAUUAGUGAUCAAUUGUUAUUUGUUCAACAAUGCUGACACGAGCUGUGAGGCCAGUGGCACAGGUUGUCCGUUCUGGUGUCCGUCGUUACCACGCAGAUGACAAACCUUUCAAAUACCCCACCAUGGAUGACUGCCCCGUGCCCCAAGGGUCGUGGCAGGAGUACUAUGACAAGAAACAGAAGAUUUUGAACGUGCAACUUGUUGCAGGUAUCACUUUCCUAGUGACCGCCUUCACAAUCGCCAAGACGAACGAUGCUCUUUACCUCAACUCGGGACCCAAACUUCCCGAGGGAUACGUUCAUGUGAAAUACUACGAUUAAAUUAAACAUUUGGAGCAGACGAACUUGUGAAAUUAGAUAAUCUUAGAGCAGUGUUGUACAGCCUGAAGAAACAAAAAAAUGGUAAUAACUAUAAAUUGUACAAGUUUUAUUGGCAUAUUUGUCUGCCCUCUGUAACUCGUACGCAGUAAAUCAUGUUGAAGGAAUAAAACUCCCGAUUUCAACAA